AUGGCGAGCACCGCCGACAGGAGUCGUUUGCGGCGCGAACGAACGUUUGUCGGCAGUGAAUGCGCCGUUUGCGAGGAACCCCUCGAGCAUACUCUUCGCGGCGAGCGCAUCCUGCAGUUCUCGUGCUCGCAUGUUUCACACGAGGCAUGCUUCUACGAAUUCAUUCGCGAACUCGAAGCACAAUAUUGUCCUACCUGCGACGCGCCACUGCAUCUCGAUACGAGCCGAGGAGGCAAUGUCAUCGACAUCAACAAGAUCAGCAACAUUGUGCGUACCGCUGGCACAGGCAAUGCAAGCGACACGCGCUCGACGCACACUCCAACGCCAACGUGGGACAACCAGACGGUGAGGCCCCCGAGCGUCGAGAGUUCACAAAGGCGCCACCAGUCGCAGCAACCCAGCAGCAAUGGCCGCGACAGUAUGGCGCGCGGGAGUGUGCGGGACAGCCGUGAGGCUCCCUCCGACCGCCACGGUUCCUCAAGACACGCACGAAGCGACAGUGAGGCAACUGGCGUCGCCUCGUCUAGCGGAUACCCGGAGACGACGCAGAGCGGCCCGCAGUGGCGGCACGACUACGAUGUCCAGGCGAUGGAAACGACGCCUGGAAGCCCUAAGGGUGUCGCGCGUAACCCGAUACCAUCUCCCAUCGUUACGGUUCGAUCCGAGUUCCCUACAAUCAAUCGAUCGCGCCAACAACAGACCCUCACGUGCUUGGUCACAGUUGAGGUAGCCGGCAACAAGUGGAAGCCAGACCCAGAGGACAUUGGAGGCCAAUCGCACAGAGCGCCCUCAGUCAAUGCGCGCAUUGACGAGGUGGCUGCGCGAGCCGUAACCCCCGCGCCCAGUGCCCCACGUUUUUACCCGUACGAGUCUCCCGAGGCGCUCGAGGAGAUGACCGAGAGCCUCCGAAACCGCGUCGACAACUGGCAUGGCUUGGACUUUAGCAGGUUUGGUCAACUGAGACUUUAUGGCACGCUUCGAGUUGGCAAAGACAAAGUAUCGUGGCAAGAGCUGGAAUGCUACCUCUUUGCCGAGAUGCUCAUCUGCGUUAAAGAAAAGAAGCUGCCACCUCAAACGGCACCGCAUUGGGACGAUAACGGUGCUCCGCGGAAGUCGACUCGGUGCACGCUCAAGGGCUCCAUUCUUAUCAAGAAGCAUCUGAACGAGGUCUCGGAGACGGGUACCAUUGAUGAGAACGUCUUGACCCUGAGUCUCUCUGUUGCCGAGCUGCCCCAGUUCCAUCUGCGGUUCGAGAACCGCAACCAGCUCAAACUGUGGAACCAGGCUCUGCUAGACCUGAACGCCGUCGAGGAGGCGCCCAUUCGCAGCCCGGACUACGACCGCGGGGACAUGUCCGAGACGGAUGAAGAAGCCGAGUGGCAACGGUCUCGCCCGCAAAGAGUCUCCUCGACCACGUCGUCCUGGGGUCCGAAAUCUGCAACCACAGCGCCGACAGAGUAUACCAAUUUCGCAGCAAAGGCGCCGCAAAUCCAAAACUCGAUUCACGUACCCAUCGAUGUCGUCGUCGUGGUCCCCAUCUCGUCAUCCAUGCAGGGAGUCAAGAUAAAUUUGGUUCGCGAUGCCCUCAAGUUUAUGGUCAACACCUUGGGCGAGAGAGAUCGCAUGGGCCUCGUCACAUUCGGAUCUGGUGGCGGCGGAGUCCCAAUUGUUGGCAUGACCACCAAAGCCUGGCCUGGUUGGUCAAACAUUCUGACAUCGAUUAAGCCGGUGGGCCAGAAGAGCCACCGGGCUGAUGUGGUCGAGGGAGCCAACGUGGCGAUGGAUCUGCUGAUGCAGCGCAAGCACAACAACCCAAUCGCUACAAUCAUGCUGAUUAGUGAUGCAUCUACGGCCGAUGCUGACUCUGUGGACUUUGUCGUUUCGCGAGCCGAGGCGGCCAAAAUCACCAUCCAUUCUUUUGGCCUCGGAAUGACCCACAAGCCGGAUACCAUGAUCGAACUCUCGACGAGGACCAAGGCGUCAUACACAUAUGUCAAGGACUGGAUGAUGCUUCGAGAGUGCUUGGCGGGCUGUCUCGGAGGAAUGCAGACUCUUUCGCACCAGAACGUGAAGCUCAAGCUGAAGCUGCCUGAAGGGUCACCGGCCAAGUUUCACAAGAUCAGUGGUGCUCUGCAAAUCACAAAGAGAGCUACCGGCCGGGAUGCCGAGGCUAGUCUUGGGGACCUGCGCUUCGGAGACAAGCGUGACAUUCUUGUUCAGCUCGUCAUUAUGCCCGACAACUCGUCCCAGGAGCAGUUGCCGCAAGAUCCUUGGGACAACAUAGUCUCAGGCCUCGAGGCACUCAGCGGCUCAAUGGACAAUGACACAGAAAGGGUUGCUUCUGUGGAAGAGGUGCCGCUGAUCCAGGCCGACCUGAGCUGGGGCGACAUUCUCCGGGAAGGCACCGUCAGCCAUAUGCCGCGACCCUCGCUUCUUGCCAUCACGAUGCUGCCUGCCAACGCGAGCCAGAAGAAGUCCUGGCAAAACUCGCCGCCGAUUCCUCCUCACCCGAGUAUCGUUCAGCGGCGCAUGGAAUUGCUCACAUCCGACAUGCUCACCAGAGCUUUGACCCUGGUGAGCCGGGGUCAGCAUGACAGGGCCCACACUCUUUUGAAUGAGACCAGAUCUAUUCUGAAGGGCCUCGGGAAGGGCGGUCUGCCUCCUGUUCCUCCCUCGGCCAGCAAGUCGGGGCCAACAACUCCGCACCCGGGCAAUGAGCAUUCGCCGAACUCCUCUGGGACUCCUGAUCGGAAGCGAAGCCCCUCACCACCUACAUCUGCCACCUCAUCCGGGGGCAAUGGGUAUCAAAACACGCAACUGGGUCGCAGCAGGUCCAAUGAUGGUUUAGGUCUUGGGACCGGAAUCGACCCUGGAACCGUGGCUGCUCUGGACGCGGAGCUUGAGAGCAGCUUAGAGUGGAUUAGCCACCCAGCUGUCUUUGGCCGUGACAGCCGAAAGGCCGUCCUUCAAGCCAUCGGCGUCAUCAGCUCGCAGCGUGCUUUCACGUUCCGGACCCCAAUCGAGAGCCUCUGGGCUGGUCGCGUCGGCGGCAUCAAACGACUUGCGGACAAGUCCCGCGAGUGGCGCGAGGAAUGCGGCGAGGGCGGCAUCAUGGAGGAGGCUUAG